UUGUCCACUCCCGACCCUUUGCGUCCAUUGAUCAUCCCAUCUGUUCGAUAUCGACUGUUUAAUACCUUUUCCCUCCACACAUCACUCACAAUGUUGUCCCUCCGUGCUCUCGCCCGCAGCGCGCCACGCACAGCGUCUCGCUUCGCCACGACUUCGAUCAAACCUUCUUUCACAUCAACCCUUCGAUCACGCAUCAGCCAACAAGCUCCACGCAGCGCCCUAUUCUCCACAACACGCGCACGCUUCGAUGAACACUCGCAACAACUUGCUGCCAAGCUCGAGAGCGAGAUCAGCAUCGAGAAGGAGGAGUCGGCGACACAAGCCGGUUCAGACCAGAACAUUGAGCAGUUCAAGGCGGAGAACCCCGACUGGGAUGUUAAGGACGUUCCAGGCGAGCAAGAUGUCUACUUGACCCGCAAGUACGAGGACGAGCAGAUCACCGUCCACUUCUCGAUAGCAGACUUCAAUUCGGAGAUUGAUGAGGGCUACGGCGAGGAGGACAUGGCACUUGGCGAGGAGGGCAUGGACGUACAGUCAGGAGGUGCCAAUACCAAGGGCGCUAUCAACAAGGGCGGCAAGGCAGAUGGCAACUUCAAGGUUGCGCCAGAAGACUCGGUCGCCCCAGCUGAUCGUGAGGAAUUGGCUGAUGAGGACUCCGAAGGUGCUCCACAACAGUUCCCAGUCGCCGUGACGGUCCUGGUUCAGAGACCGAACAAGGGCGCCCUCAAAUUCUACCUGACCGCAGCUGAUGGCGACUUCAUCAUCAACCAACUUGUGCAGCUGCCAAAGGAGAUCGAGGGCGAUGCUAAGGCUUUGAUCCGCGACCACCCAGAGUCGCUCUACGCUGGACCACCAUUCCAGCAGCUUGACGAGGAAGUUCAGGGCAUCUUGGAGAGCUACCUCAACGCACGAGGUGUCUCAGAGUACCUCGCUCAGGCCGUGCCGGACUACAUCGAUGUGAAGGAGCAGAAGGAAUACCUUGGUUGGUUAGAAAGAGUCAAGGACUUCGUUGAGUAAAUUCAAGAGUCGAUGAAAAGAGAAGUUGCGAAGGGAGACACAAGUAAUGCCUGAGAGAGAUCGAAUCGUGCCGGAGACCGGUCGAUGUUCUCGAAGAUGGCACUUCCAGUGGAGAAGUCAAGAGACGGGGCACGAAGGAGCCAAUGUGACGCCAGCAUUACAGGGAGGAGGAAGCACGUCACAAGCGCAA